GGGGCGGGCGACAAGAUGGCGGCGCCCAUAAGGCGGGCGACCCGGCUGCGGCGGCUCCGACAACAAGAUGGCGGCGCCCAGGCGCGGGGGGCGCGCGGGCGGCGCGUACAACAAGAUGGCGGCGGGCGCCCUCCGCUGAGGCGGGGCCCUUAGCAACCAUGGCGCUGCUGCUGCUGCUGCGCGGCCUGCGCCUGGCCCUGGACGUGCUGCUGCUGCUGCUCGACCUCAACUUCUUCCUCGUCUCCUCGCUGCUCGCCGCGCUGCUGUGGCUGCUGAAUCUAAUCACCAGCUUGCCCUCAGCCUGCUGGCACGGGCUGAUGUGGGCAGCGGGCGGCGCGCUCCAAGUGGUUUUAGGGGCGCUGAGGGGCUGCUGGGCAGCCAUGGAGGGGACGAAGGCUUUGGGGCAGCUGCUGGUGCUGAGGGGCAAGGAGGCGCUGAGGCAGAGCCUGGCGGGGCUGCUGGGCUCGGGGCAGGCGGCGUGGAGGCAGGCGUGCGACGGGGUGGCCAUCGCGGGCAGCUUGUUGGCUUAUCUCCUCAACAGCGCGCUCAACGUGGGGCUGCUGGGCGCACAGAGCCUCGGCGCCCUCCUGCCCGCCCUGUGGGACGCGGCGCUCAGCCCCGCGCUGCGCCUCGCCGAGCUGCUGGCCGCCUGCCUGGCACACGUCUCCAGCAGCGCCGUCGCCCUCUCCAUCCUCCUGUGGGCUCCAUGCCGUGUAGCCUUUGAGACGUUGGCUUCCCUCGCCGAGCUGCUCAUCGGGGUGUUUUUCGUCAAUGUGUACGGGUUGGGGCUGCUGCUGGUUCUUAUCGGCGUUGGGGUUGUUGCUGUGAACCCCGGGGUGCUGUGGGUGAUGGUGGGACACUUGCGGGUGCUGCCCGCCUGCCGCCGCCUGCAGCGGGAGGCCUGGAGGCUGUGGCAGCUGGCGGUGCUGGCGCUGGGCAUGGCCCUCACCUCGCAGGCUUGGCGCAGGAUGGUGGAGUGGAGCCUGCAGGUCACCGACUGGAGCCGAGGAGGGAGAACCAGGAACCGGGACAGUGAGCGGCGAGGAGCUGUGCCCCCACCGGGGAGAUUGGUGCUGGCCGUGGCGGGGCAGGAGGAGCAGCCGGACACGCAGCGGGGCCCGCAGGCACGGCCGGCGCUGGGGAGAAGCUCUGCGGCAGGACAGCGGCUGCACAACCCCAGGGAAGAGCCCGGCACCUCCCGGGGGAAAGCUCCGAGGAGAGAGCAGCUGAACGUGGCAGCUGGGGACGGGAUGCCGGAUGACGACCCCUGGGUGCUGCUGAAAGAGCAAGAGGAACGGAAGAAAUGCGUCAUCUGUCAGGACCAGACAAAGACGGUGCUGCUCCUGCCCUGCAGGCACCUGUGCCUGUGCCAGGAGUGCACAGAAGUCCUCCUGCAGCAGGCCGUCUACCAGCGCAACUGCCCGCUGUGCCGCCAGAUGAUCCUCCAGACGCUCAACGUCUACUUGUGAACGUCUCCGUGCUUCUCCCACCAGGCCGGGGCUGCCCCCAGCAGUUCCCAAAGAACUCAGGGUGGCUUGAAAGAGGCUGCCGGGGGCGUCUGUCACAGCCACGUUUGGGACGUGACUCGGUUGUGGCUCUCGCUAGCAAGCGCACGAGGUGAUCACCGCAGCAAGCCGAGGGAGGGUUUUAUUUUUUUGUUGGUGUUGACAGCUUUUGCUGUUUCAGGGCCCGUUGCCUGAGCCUGCAGCGGUCCCAGACCCGAAGCAGAGCACGGAAGGAUGCUCGGCUCCCUCCUAGCCAAAGCUGAAAGGGUGAAGGCUCAGCCCUCCUGGGCCUAGUGCAAGGCAAGGGAGGUUUUGUUGUUGUUUUUCUUUUUUUUCUUAGUGAGAUUUGGCCAAAAAACUACCUGGCAGACUGCAUUUACAGCUCGUUCUUCCUCCUGCCACGUAAACGCGGCAGCUCCCAGCGCAGGGCACAACGCACACCCCUCCUGCAAGGCUCCUGGCAGGCGCUCUCCAGCUCUCCAGGGGGUGACUUCGGGAGGGAAGGGGACUCCCCAAAUCCUCGGGGAGCCCCCCGAGACAUUCCAGCACCAGGCACACGCGUGGGGAGCGGUACCAGGACCACAGCGAGGGUUACGCUUCUCUUCUGUCUUGCCGCCUGGCCGAAAUGCAAAAACGCAGCUGGUUUUGGUACAGAGGGGCCCAAAAAGCCUCGCGGGGCCCUGCACACCUCGCUGGGGAGGGCUGAGGUGCCUCGUGGCCCCCAAGAACGCCUCGCACCGAAGAGUUUUUCCUUUCCCAGCCGCUCGCCUGGGCUCAGCCACGCGCCGGAGCCAAUUUUGGCUGGAGCCAGCUUGGAAAGAGCCUCGACUCCUCAACUGUGAGCCAGGAGCCUGAGGGCGGCUGGCGUGGCCCGUGCCGUUCUGCUCCAAACUAAUCGAUUUCGGUGAUUUUUAGCCAAAACGGAGGCAGCAGAGGGGCUGGGCUGGGAGAUGCCUCUGCACUGCAAACCUGAGCUGUGGCGGGGCAUGGUCCUGCCUGGGAGCAGCUCCCUGGGCACAUCCUCCUCGUUUUGGGGCGUGCAGAGCUCCCUGCCCUCCCCAGGCACACAGCACCCAGCAGAACUUCGGGGCCAGCCAGAUUUUGGGGUGCAACACCUCCUCCGGGGGCUUCGGGACGAAGGACACCUUCCCAGGACUGCAGUUUCUCCCUGCAAACUUGAUUUAUUGUUAUUAUUUUAUUUUUUUUUGUAAUGCCAGCAGCCACGCUUGUUCUUUUCGGGCCUGUUUGUAAGAAGAGAGAAAGCUUCGCCUUCCGUUUACCUGUUUGCACUACGAGCUAGAUACCGAGCGGAUUAAAGUCUCCUUCAGCACAAA